GGCCUCUUCUGGCUCAAGCCCAUCGCGCCGUGCCGCGUUGCUUGCUGCGCCACGGGCGAGAGCGAGCACGCCGCGCUGGUGCAGGUGAAGAGGCCCGAGGCUGGGCCCGAGAGGGCGGCGGCUGCUCAGACGGCGGCUCACGCCGCGCCGACGUCGCUGCUCGCCAGGCGCGAGGUGUGCCCAGGGCGAGGGUGCGCCGAAGAAUGCGAGGAGGCGCCGUGGGACAAAAGGGGCAGGAAGGCAUACAUUGGUCGUUUCCGGUGCAUGAACAACGAGUGCCAGUGCUUGGUGGAUCUGUGGCCGUGCCGGCCCACAUUUAUCCCGCCUCCUUCAGAAUGCACGUGUUCAUGA